AUGAAGGUCAUAACUUACUUCGCUGUUGUCACUGUAGUUGGUGCCGCCGUCGCACAGUUCGACCAGGUAAUUUCAAAUUUGUCUCGUUUUUUUGCAACUGAGAAAUUAUUUUAUUUUUGUGUUUAAAAUUUUCAUAGCUUCAUUUUGGUGGCAAACGGAGCUGUCAGUUUUUUAAUUUUUUUUGAACUCAGAAGAAAUUUUAGACUGUGGUGAAGAUAUUCAUAAAAAUAUUGUAGGAAAACGAAGAGAACUUCAUGAAGCGGUUCGACCCCAGCGCGUCCUAUGGUAAAGCAAAGAUUGGCUUCGACCCCAACGCCUUCCGCAUGAGUUUUGGAAAGCGAAGUGUUCGUUUUUUUUCUAGAUUCAAUCAAACUUUUUAACUUUCCGAGUUAAAGCAAAUUUCCGGGCGGCUGCGUUCUUUUGCAAGAAAAAAUUGCAAAUUUUUCCCUAUUAGUCAGCAGGAAGAAGUUCGAAAAGCGUUCUAAGUGUGACACACCUUGUGAUAUUUGCUUUUUUUUUCCUUCUGAACUUUUCAUUCAAAUAUAUUGCUCAAUUAUCAUCCACUUGAUGAUUAACAAGUUGCAUCCUGACUACUGUAAUCAGAAAGAAAACAACAUUACCACGCAUUUUAUUGAUAAUUAAGCCGUCAAUAAUUGGAAUGAUAGAUCAUUUCAGCCUCCACGAACCCCAGAACUGCUCCUGGCCUCCUUGAACGACGACGACGUACAGAAAUUCAAUGCGCGGAACUUCUUCGAAAGAAGAUGAACUCGACGUCAAAAAGUUCUUCCUGUCGUAAACAAUUUGCCUCCAGCCAUGCUCUACGAACUUAAGGAAAUAAACUAUUGUGUUAACUUUUUGAAAUUUUUUAAUGUUUGAAACGACUUGUUUUCAUGGAAUAUUCUCAGACAAAGCUUUUUUACUGGCGUUUUUCAUCUGACGUCUAGCACUGAGAAUUAUAAGAAACGACAGCUCGUUCACACGAAAACGACCGAGCGAAAAAAAAUUAUUUUUUGGAGGGUAGAAAGCGAAAAAGCAAAGUGCGUUGUAGUCAGACAAUACAAAUUUCUUUCAGCUGAUCCAAAAUGAUGUCUCUCACAAUGAAAGUUAUACAACAAGCUUUUCUUUUUGUAGUUGUGCAAAGCCAGCAGAGAAAAUAUUCUAUCAGGGCCAGGAAGGAUUUUUAAAGGAAAAAGACGCCAAAAGAUGUGUAUAGUCGGAACAGUUGGGAAGUUAUUUAUAAUUUUUCGCCAACAGUCCCACUAAUGGCCCCUUGAUAAGCUUGGCGUUAAAGGGAGUGGAAGCCAAGGUUGAGUUCUUCGUUAAAAACUUCAACAGUGUGGGAGAAUAUAUAAAAUAAUUUUACAUUCCCCGGUAGAACUAGAAAAUGUGAACCUCAAAAAGAAAGAAAACAGCAGAUUUGUGAGGAUUUCUGCCAAAAAUUUCUUUUGGAUAUGCCUUCAAAAACUCAAUCUCACGUCUAUAUCGACGCAUCAUGAUGAAUAUGAAUAAUUGAAAAAUUAAAUUGAAAGCUACACGAGACUCAAUCUAAUCGGUUCCAAAAGAGAUGUUUAAAUUCGAUACUUUUGGAGUAGUUGUUGGCAAACAAGGACUUGCAUUUUUGCUGUUAAUGCUCUUAAUACUCAAAGGCCUACACGGAAUGAAGACUUGUUCAUUCAAAAACUACUGUAUUUCAUCGAGGAACCGAUUUGAACCAAAAGAAAACCACGUUGAUCAGUUUAGUUCGAAAUAAAACGGAACUGUUGGAGAUAUUCACUUGUCAUCGAUCUCGCAUUUCAGCCCGUCCUUCAUACCUUUUUUCACAGAAACCAACUGUGGUUUAUUGAUUAUUCUUAUUGAUUAUUCUAUUUCAGCAAGUCUAUAUCAGUUCAUCGUGCAGGUAGAGCAAAUCUGGGGCGCGCUCCAGCGGACACGGGCGGUUUGCCGCGAAACGCCGCAACCAACGCCGCAACCCCUCACUCGUCAUUCUCCUUUCACCACGUGUUGUUUCUUCUGAUGGCAGUGUCAGAAAUGUCUUUUUUUGUUGUUUCGGUCGUUCAUCCCUUCAUUCCUUCAAUAUAUCUUCCACUUGCUGUUGAUUUCGGAUUUGUAAGAAAAAACUCAAGCCUGCAACAAUUUCAUUGGCCCAAUCAAAUCAUCAAAGUUCAAAGUUGAACAUUUAACGAAAAAAAAGUUUUCGGAUUGUCAUUGCUCUCAUCUUUGAACCAUUUCGUAUAGAUCUCGUCGCAAACUGUUGAGUUAACUGACACUUUCUUUUACAGAAUUGAUCAACUAAAAUGGAUCGCUUGAAGCAAAGUCCUUGGUAAUGGACAAAAUUCCGUGUUUUUGAAGCGCUGAACGUUUCAAGAUAGAGAUAAAGUGAGACAAUAUAGUUAGAUUGAUAAACGGUUAUUAGUUUCAGAACAAUCCACGAAGAAAGAGAGGAAGGAAGUCCCUGCGUUUUCCGACCGUUGGUAGCGACGAGUUCAUCUAGCCGGCGAUUGAAGAGAAGCGCCUAA